UUCACAGGAGACGGGAGUUGGGCAGGCGGAGGGAGUUGCGGUUGUGCCGUGAGGGAAAGGGCGGCGUUCCGAGACUGUUUCCUCUUUCUUAAAGAGGCCCCCGGUGACGGAAGGAACCGGGCCGAAGCGGCGAGAUGGUCAUGGAAUACUUCCUGGAAAGUUUUUGGGGUGAAAAAAAUAAUGGCUUUGAUGUCCUUUAUCAUAAUAUGAAACAUGGCCAUACAUCUACAAAGGAAUUAGCAGAUUUUAUAAGAGAAAGGGCUACAAUAGAGGAAGCCUAUUCAAGGUCAAUGACAAAGCUCGCCAAAUCAGCAAGUAACUAUUCUCAGAUUGGGACAUUUGCACCAGUCUGGGAUGUUUUCAAAUCAUCAACCGAAAAACUAGCAUGCUGUCAUCUAGAACUUGUUCGAAAGCUGCAAGAACUAAUAAAAGAAGUGCAGAAAUAUGGAGAUGAACAAAUAAAAGCUCAUAAAAAGACUAAGGAAGAAGUUUCUGGGACUUUGGAAGCAGUUCAAAAUUUUCAGAGUAUUACCCAAGCCCUGCAAAAAGCAAAAGAAAACUACAAUUCAAAAUGCGUGGAACAAGAACGUUUGAAAAAAGAAGGUGCAACACAGAGAGAAAUAGACAAGGCGGCAGUAAAAUCCAAGAAAGCUACUGAAAUGUACAAAUUAUACGUAGAAAAAUAUGCUGUAGCAAAAUCUGAGUUUGAACAAAAGAUGAAUGAAACUUCCAAGAAAUUUCAAGAUAUUGAAGAAAUGCAUCUCUUCCAUAUGAAAGAGAUUAUAGAAUCUUUUUCAAGGACAAUACAUGAAAUUCAUUUACAGAUUGGAGAGGUCCAAGAAGAAUUUAUAAAUAACAUGGCAAACACAACAGUUGAAAGCUUGAUACAAAAAUUUGCUGAGUUAAAAGGCACAGGCAAAGACAGACCUGGACUGAUUGAAUUUGAAGAAUGUAAUACAGCCAGUGCAGUUGAGGGAAUAAAGCCAAGAAAAAGGAAGCAUUUUGGAUUGUCGGGGAUUAUUAAGAAGGAAAAAGAUGUAGAAUCUAUAGAAUGUCAAGAUGCAGAUUCAGUAAACAUUCCAGCUGUAGAUGAUGAAGGGUAUAGCAUUAAACCUAAAGAUUGUCAAAAUGCCAAAGAAAACCACUUUUAUUCCUCAAGUGAUUCUGACUCUGAAGAUGAUGAACCCAGAAAGUUCCGUGUGGAAAUUAAACCUGUGCAUUCAGACUGUAGUUCUCAUUAUACAGUGCCUUCUUUGGAUGAAUUAAAAGAAUCAAUAGGAAACAUCACACUUUCACCAGCUGUAUCUCAGAGACAUAGUCCUGCACAAAUGAACCAGAAUGCAUCUAGUGAAGAGUUAACAAAAUCAAAGUUUUCUGUUUCAUCUAAUGAGAAAAGCAACAAUGACCUCUUGGCAUGGGAUCCACUCUUUAGAAAUUCUGGUGAUUCAUCUUCCCUGGCCUCAACAAUGUCAUCGUCUUCAUCUGGAAGACCAACAACACCUCUUUCAGUAGGAACAUUAGUACCUCCCCCAAGACCAGCUUCUAGACCAAAGUUGACUUCAGGGAAACUCAGUGGAAUUAAUGAAAUUCCAAGACCAUUCAGCCCUCCUUUGACCUCCAAUUCCAGUCCACCUCCAUCAGCCCCUUUGGCACGAGCAGAGAGUUCUUCCUCAUUGUCCUCUAAUUCACUAAGUGCAACAAAUACACCCACAGUUGGAACUUCACGUGGUCCUAGCCCUGUCAGCCUAGGAAGUCAAGAUACGUUGCCUGUUGCAAUAGCCCUAACUGAAUCUGUAAAUGCCUACUUCAAAGGAGCAGAUCCCACAAAAUGUAUUGUAAAAAUAACUGGUGAUAUGACAGUCUCAUUCCCAAGUGGGAUUAUUAAAGUCUUCACUAGCAAUCCAUCUCCUGCUGUGCUUUGCUUUAGGGUAAAAAACACAAGCAAACUAGAGCAGAUUCUUCCAAAUGCGCAACUUGUGUACAGUGAUCCAUCACAAAGUGAUUCCAGUACAAGGGAUUUUUGGAUGGAUAUGCAAGCUGUCACAGUCUACCUCAAAAAGCUAUCUGAGCAGAAUCCUUCUGCUUCUUAUUACAAUGUAGAAGUUCUGAAGUAUCAGGUAUUAUCAAACGGUAUCCAGUCUACACCUCUGAAUCUUGCCACAUAUUGGAAAUGUAAUGAUAGCACAACUGAUGUAAGAGUUGAUUACAAAUACAAUCCAGCAUCUAUGGCAAUGCCAAGUAUGUUAUCCAAUAUACAAGUCAUCGUACCAGUUGAUGGGGGUGUAAUAAAUAUGCAGUCACUUCCACCAGCAAAAUGGAACUCAGAGCAGAUGAAAGCUUUGUGGAAAUUAGCUAGUAUUUCAGAAAAAUCAGAAAAUGGCGGCUCUGGCUCUCUCAGAGCUAAAUUUGACCUUUCUGAAGGACCCAGUAAGCCAGCAACACUUGCAGUGCAAUUUAUCAGUGAGGGAAGCACCCUUUCUGGAGUAGAUGUUGAAUUAGUAGGCACUGGCUAUCGGCUUUCCCUAAUUAAGAAGAGGUUUGCCACUGGACGAUAUAUGGCAGAUUGCUGAACAGCCUGUUAAGAAAACUAGAUUACUUUCCAAUGAAUAAGAAGUUUAUUCAUUCUCUUACUAUCUUUCCAACACUAUUUUAACAUGCAUUAAUUUUUGAAAACACAUUGCAUUGUUUUUGGAGUUUAUACCCAACAAAAUGCACUUUUGAAAAUAAGUCAGUUUUAAAAAUAUUCUGUUUUGAAAUAGCACUGAAAUGAACUCCAACAAUAUAGAAAAUCAGAUGCAAUACUGGGAAACAAGAUACUGAAAUACUUAGUAGUAAUGUAGCCUCAGAGCCAAAUAGCAGUUAUGUGUGGUAUUUAAAGUGUGUGAUGCUUUGUGAUACCUUAAACAAAACUAUAUUUUAACUUUCUAUAAAUAUUAUUGAAGUAUAUUUUUCAAUUUUCAAUAUUGCCAUUCCAUAAACAAAACAAUGGCAAAGUAUUUUUUUUGUUUUUACACUUGUAUAUUCAUGUGUCAUAUCUUAUUAGAGAUUAUCUAUAAAAAUAACUUUAUUUCCAUAUAUCAUACAUAAUUAAAUGACCAGUGUUUUAUAAUAGAUAAUUUUUAAUGUAAAGUGCAAUGGUUUUUUUAACUACAAUGUACAACAGAGUUAUUUACUUCUGCCAUUAGGUAACAUGAUGGGAGUUGUAAUUUUAAUUAAUGCUGUAGAUUAUUUAUUUUUAUAUGAAAUGUGUAAUGUUUGUGCCUUUUCAAAGCUGUGCCUGUCAAAUGUUUAUGUGCUUCUCAUUUCUUGUUUUCAUUAUCUAGAUCUUCCUAUUAGUAAACUUGAAGGAAGUAAUCUUAUGCUUACAGAAUGGAAGAAUCAAUUGUGUUCUAUCUUCCAUGUACCCCCUCAAAUUUGCUAGGGAGGCUCUUCAGGACUUCUGGUGCCGAUUUGGUGAGGUCAUGAGGCAUUUAAAGGGGAAAGGAGAAGUCAACCAGCACACUACAAUCUCUUUCACUGGAAGAUAGGCACAAUUGGAUAUAACUUGGCAUUUGGAAAUCAAAACAGAAAAUAGCCUUUAAAAUAACUUCUGUUGGGUUAAAUGCAAUAAAUGCAGCCAUUACAAAGGGAACCUUUUAACUUUUGUCAGUUACCAUAUAGUAUCAACAUUUAAAGUAUCACCAAAGAUGUGUAAAAUCCUGAAAGUGCAUUAAAUUUUAAAAUAAUAAAAAAUGCUACACUUCUGAAAAGUGUAGAAUUUCCUCUUCUAGCUACAAAAAGCUGGAUUUCAUAUGCUUUCAAACAUAGAAUGGAUUUAAAGUGUUGCUUAUGAGCAGCAGUGUUGUUUUAAAGAUCUGUUUUCAGUAAAACAAAAAUAAUUAUUGAUAAUUUCAAUGUUUUAUGACCACAAAUAAAGAAGCAAAUAAUAGCCCUAACACAAAGUGACCCAUUUAUGUAAGUUUAAUACAAAUUCUGUUUUUCGAAUGUAUCUAUAUGCCUUUAAAAGAUUAAAUGCAGAAGUCAAAAGUUAUUAGGGCAGGUGAAUUAAUUAUAUGAUCAACAGCACCAGAGAUUAAGUACUUUUUCAAAUUCUAGUAUCUAACAAAAGCAUACAUGAAAAUCACUAACUCUGGAUAAUACUCUAAUGAAUAAAACAAUGCGUUAAGAUGUCAGUGUUCUAUAUAGCCACUAAAUUUUGAUGAAUCCUUAGUACACUACAAAUACAGUUAGAUGUGUUCUCUUCUAUUGACAUCAAAGUAAUGAAUACCUAGAAUAAAUGGAGUAUCUUUUCCUACCUUUUGUGAGACCAUUAAUCUCCUACAAAAAGUGGAGAGAAAAUAUCAGUGAUGUUGUGGGGUGGGGGUGUCAGACACCUGAGAUGUGGUCUUAUUUUUAAAGAUACAUGGAUCAAUUAUUUUCUUUUUUUUUGCUUUUAAAAUGAAACAAACCUUUGCCAUCAGUUCAUGUGACAGAUAUACCUUCAGCAACCCAGCAACAUUCAUUCUUAAACUGGGAUAUAAACAUCUCUGAGAAAGAUACUAGGUUAUGACAUUGUAAUGUAUAAGAUACUCUGGCUCAUUAUUGGGAUGGGGGGAAAUGGCAGCUAAUUUUUUUUCCUUAAGAAAAAAAAAAGCCACUUUAUUGUUUGAUUUUCAACUCUGGCCUCUCAAAAUUCUUCAGUUUCA